UGUUUUGACAUUCCUCUCUAGAAUUGCUGAUGCUAUCACGGUGACAGAUUCGAUUUUACGCAUGUAUCAACAAGUAAGAUCAGGCUUAAACAAACAUUUAUUUACAUGUUAUCAGCGGACUUGGUACAUUUUGUAGGCAUAUCUUAACAAUUUGAAACAAUUUACAAACGUUUAUGGUUAUUUGCAAUUAUUUUUCUGCAAUAUGGACACGUAUUGGAGUAGUGUAACGCAUGGAAUGAACUUAUUUCACUCUUGAAGUUAAAAUGUAACAAUUUAACAAAUCGUGUUUUUACGAAUUGUUUCUAUUGAUUUUUUUGUCCAUCUAUUUACCAAUUGUAAUAUUUUGAAUUGUAAUAUGUUUUACUUCUGCCUCUUAAUAACUUGAAUAAGUGUAGUAUUUUCAGAGAUCUUCGAUUAAUUACUAUAUCCAUAUCGUUGUCCACAGCAUACGGUAGCCUACUUUUAUAUUUACGACGUAAGGAAACAACACGUGGUCUGGGUUUUAGAAUUCUGAGUCAAAGGGCAUGGUGUGGGUGUAACCGAUGCUUCGUGGGUGUCAGUUGUUGAUGUGUGCAGAGGGUCCCUGGUUCGAGCCCGGGUAUGGGCGAGGGGACGGACUUUAAGUUGUACUGUUACAUGGGGAUAGACCACCAGGAGGAUAGUAAAGGGGACAACAGUAAUGGAGACAACAGUAAUGGAGACGAGUUCUAAAACGUUGCCUUUGCUUCACACAUGAUGAAUUCUACGAUUAGCUUGUUUUCCUAUAUCAAGACCCUGUUGACGUCUGUGGGAUUCUGGCCAGUUUAUGCAUGCAGGGUAUGACGACUCAGUUUAAAGCAAACAAGACUUUAAAGGUUAAGAAGGAGGUGGGUGAGAAUGCCCCGGCCCUCAGUGAUGAUGAGCUGGUGGUCAUGUCGGUGCGCGAGCUCAACACACACCUGCGCGGGCUGACCAAGGAGGACGUGGUGCGGCUGAAGCAGCGGCGGAGGACCCUGAAGAAUCGCGGCUAUGCCGCCAGCUGCCGCAUCAAGCGGGUCACCCAGAAGGAGGAGCUGGAGAGGCAGAAGCAGGAGCUGCAGCACGAGGUAGACAAGUUGGCCCGGGAGAACGCCAGCAUGAGGCUGGAGCUGGAUGCCCUACGUGCCAAGUAUGAGGCCCUGCAGUGCUUUGCCCGGACUGUCACCUGCGGGCCUCUCUCACCAGGCAAGGUGGCCACCACCAGCGUUAUCACCAUCAUCAAGUCUACUAACAACCACAACUCCAGCCCAACCUCCUUCUCAGCCCCCUCCUAGUGCUGACAGGACUGGGCUCUCGUCUCCCCGUCCCGCCUGGUCCUUACCGGUUCCGACCCGAUCCAGCCUGAAACCAAUGUCACCCGACCCAUGCUGAGAGGAAGCUCAGUAAUUCGACUGAGGGAAGGGGGUGGGGUGGCCACUAGCUCUGUGUGAUGAUAACAACAUGAUGCUGCAUUCAUUUUCUACUCUCUUUCUCUCACAUACUGUACAUAAUCUACAUUGUCUGUGCACUGUGCCACAACCUCCCCAGCACCGGCAGGGCAUUGGGCCUCUCUGACUGACGGCAGAGAUUAGCUCAUACUACAGUGCGAGUGGGUACUUGAUAUUAUACCCCGUGAUGGCAGCACUGGUCUGAGACAGCUCUGAUGCCUGUGGUAUCUUGCAUUUACAGAGUAUAAAGUAAUAUAUUAUUGUAAUAAUUACCGUAUUAAUACAUUAUGAAUAUUUAAAAUAACACAAAACGCUGAUCUAAGCCUAAAAGCCUUCUUUCUUCUGUAUAUGAGAGCAUAUACUAAUGUCUCAAUGAAAAUUGAGGCAUUGAAGCUUUUGCCUUAAACUGAUCUAGGAAUGAUCUCUCAGUAAUAUUCAUUUUUUUGUCACACUCAUACAGUAUGUUCAAUAAUUUAAGCUUUUAUAUUUCCAAUUUCAAGGGCAGCUUGAAAACCGUAAAAAAAAAA